CCAAGGCGGGACUACUUGUUCAAAGUAGACAAAUAGUCGUGGAAGAUCUGUGCAACUGCAAAUAGCAGGGACAUCUUACACAAUGGCUGGUGGCAAGGCUGGAAAAGACUCCGGGAAAACUAAGACGAAGUCCAUUUCGCGCUCACAGAGAGCCGGUUUGCAGUGGGGUAGGGACGUAGCACGGACGGGUGAAGGCAUGCCUUUAAACGUUUCCCGCCCUGCUUUCCAGUUCCCAGUGGGCCGUAUUCACAGACAUCUGAAAUCCAGAACAACAAGCCAUGGCAGAGUUGGGGCGACUGCAGCUGUGUACAGCGCGGCUAUUCUUGAGUACCUGACUGCUGAGGUUCUGGAGCUGGCCGGAAACGCAUCAAAGGAUCUGAAGGUCAAGCGUAUCACCCCACGUCACUUGCAACUGGCCAUUAGAGGCGAUGAAGAGUUGGAUUCUCUCAUUAAAGCUACGAUUGCUGGUGGUGGUGUCAUCCCUCAUAUCCAUAAGUCUCUGAUUGGAAAGAAGGGACAGCAGAAGACCGUAUAACCCUGUAAACAGUGGCAUUGGGUCAUGUCAUCUCAGGACAUUCUGCUUAAAUGGUUCAAAAAAGUAUUUUCUUGGUAGUGUUUUAGAACUUUUUUAAAUGUAUGAACUUGCAUCUACUCAUCUGUGGUAUUUUUUAAAAAGUAGCUUCAGAGAAGCUGUUUUAUUUUGGGCUUGAAUGUUUUUGGUACAACUGGUUUGGUUUUUAUUGUGUAAAUUUUUGCAUACCUGUGGCGUUUCCAUGUUUUAUUUGAAUAAAGCUCGAAGGUAUUGUGCA